CAAGGGGUAGUAGUUCACAAGCUUUAAUUUUGCACAGUCUGGUACCACACAGUCGACCAUCAUACGCCACCGGCCAUGGCGGCCGUGAACUCCCUCCUGCUCCUGGUGCUCCUCGUCGCCGCCGUCCACAGCGCCACCCUGGCGCUCGGGCAGACGGUGAAAGUCUGGUCUUUGUGCUCGCCGGCGAACUACACCCCUGGGGAUGCCUACGACGCGAACCUCCGCGGCAUGCUCAAGGACCUGGUCACCGUCACGGCCUCCUACGGCGGCAACGGCAACAGCACGGUCGGCGGCGAUAACGGUCCGGCGGACCACCAGUCGUCCUACGGGCUCGCCAUCUGCUACGCCGACGCCCCACCGGAGGUGUGCCGGCUCUGCCUCGCCAUGGCGGCCGGGAACGUGACGCUGGCGUGCCCGCGCGCCGUGGCCGCCGACAUGAUGUACAACAACUGCCUUCUCCGGUACGCGAACGCGAGCUUCCCGGCGAGCCCGGACAUGGCGCAGAGGUUCUCCUUCUACAACAACCUGACGCGCGCCGGCGAGGCCGCCAUCAGCGCCGCCGCGCUGGGAAUGCUCAUGGACCGGCUCGCCCCCGCGGCCGCCGCGUCGCUGCGGUCCUUCGCGUUCGGACGCACCAACAUGAGCGCCGAGCAGAGCCUGUACGGGUUCGUGCAGUGCGUGGCGUACCUGUCGCCGGACGACUGCCGCCGCUGCCUCCGGCGAAUCGCCGCGUCGUUGCCGAUAUGGACGAGAGGAGGGCGCGCCUACUCACUGACAUGCUACACGCGGUUCGAGGUGAUGCCGUUCUACACGCCGCCGAGCGCGAAGACCAUCGUCGUGGAGCCGGCGCCACCGCCCGAGCCGUCGCCGGCGGGCACAACAGCGGCGGCGAAGUCCCGAGAUGGAAAAUCUCGAAAAUUUCCCUCAGGGAUGGUGGUGCUGGCGGUUUCAACUCUUGGAGCCAUUCUCUUGAUCAUGGUCUGUGUCAUUUUUGUCUUCAAGAUCCGUAGGAGGGGAAAAUUUCAACAAACCAUUCGAGUUAACUCAACUACUAAACAAAAUAUUGAGGAGCUUCUAGAAGAUUAUGGCUCCUUGGCUCCAAAGAGAUAUAAAUAUUCACAGCUGAAGGAAAUAACAAGAUAUUUUAGUGAAAAACUUGGAGAAGGUGGCUAUGGCAUGGUUUAUAAAGGUACAUUACCAUGUGGCAUGCUUGUUGCAGUGAAGUUCCUCCAUGACUUCACAAGAAAUGGAGAAGAUUUUAUCAAUGAAGUUUUCAGCAUCAGAAGGACAUCUCAUGUUAAUAUUGUUACUCUGCUUGGUUUUUGCUUAGAGGGAUCCAAGCGAGCUCUUAUUUAUGAGUAUAUGGCUAAUGGAUCACUGGACAAAUUUAUUUAUGAUGAUAAUUCAAAAACAAUUAUGGGAUGGGACAAGCUCUAUGAAAUAGCAAUUGGUAUUGCAAGAGGUUUGGAGUAUUUGCACCGCGGCUGUAAUACACGCAUCAUACACUUUGACAUAAAACCACACAAUAUCCUUCUUGAUGAUGAUUUUAUCUCAAAAAUUGCUGAUUUUGGUUUGGCCAAGUUAUGCAACCCAAAGGAGAGUUACCUAUCAAUGGCAGGCAUGCGAGGGACAAUUGGGUUCAUCGCACCUGAAGUUUUCGCAAGGAGAUUUGGAGUAGUUUCUACUAAAUCAGAUGUCUACAGCUACGGAAUGAUGCUUCUUGAGAUGGUGGGAGGAAGAAAGAACCUGAAAGAAAGUGUGAACAAUUCCAGUGAGAUGUAUUUUCCAGACUUUAUCUAUAGUCAUUUGGCUGAAGUGGGAAGCCUACAUACAUUUGAUAUGGCAGGGGAAACAGAAGAGAUGGCAAGGAAAAUGGCCUCGAUUGGCUUAUGGUGUAUACAAGUGUCUCCUAUGUCCCGUCCAACAAUGAGCAAGGUUUUAGAGAUGUUUGAGAAAAGUGCAGAUCAACUUGAGAUACCACCAAGGCAACACUUCUAUUCAGCUAUACAGGAGGAUUCAUCUGAGGAGUCUGCUCCGACACUGUAAAACAGAGGAAGCUAUGCUUACGGCGUACCUGAUUCAAGCAAAGAUCACGACUACAUUUAAUUUAGAAGUGCUCCCUUGUGUUGACCUAUAGAUAUCUGUGAGAUGAACUCAUAUUUUUUUAGAUAAUGGAUAUAAAAUCCGGCCUCUACAUUCGAGGAUGUACACAGCCUAAAAUUACAGAGUUUUAUAUGAAAUAAACAGACAGAGCCAUAGUCCUAUACAUGGACUGGGACGCUAGUUUAAACAAUAUAAAUGUUUCCAUCUAUUAUUGGAAAUCUCUAAAGCAAUUACUUCUAAUUUCUUGCUUAUCAUCGAGAGCACGUCCUUGGCUGUCUCAUCAUGCUGCAGCUGAG